AUGACCAACUCGCAUGGGUACGUGCUCGAGUAUCCACGCAUCCGUGUCGAUCACUUCGACCAAGCGCCUGUUCCACUCCCUCGCUCGCUUUUAGCACAUCGUCGUACGGUCCUCAAGCAACCCUUGGCUCCCGCUCACGACUCUGAUAGCCUCCCAUUUGCGCCCGAGCAAACCCACUUUGACAAGCCACUACUCUACCUCUUGACACACAUCCAUACCGACCACCUCAAAGGUCUCGACAGACCAGGCAUCACUGCACCCAUCUACUGUACUGCCGCCACGAAAGAGCUUCUUCUCAAAUACGAGCGUCAAAAGACACGCAUUGAAAAGGAUCGCGAUGGAUUACAUUCGAAUCGUGUCGGCGUGCUACGACCCUAUGCUCACCUACGCGUAACCGAUGACCACGCUACAGCAAGGGCAAAGCUGUCUGGCUACCAAUCGACAAGCCUUGAUCUACUACAUCCUCUUCCGUACAAUGUACCCACCAAAGUGCAGUAUACUCCAACUUCGAGCGUCACCUUGACACUGAUUGAGAGCAAUCAUAUGUUUGGAGCGACCAUGUUUCUCAUUCAAGGCGCUUGCGGCGCAGUUCUGCACACAGGCGACAUGCGAGCAGAGGAAUGGUGGUGCGAGGCUCUGAAGAGAAAUCCCUUUCUUUCGCCAUAUCUGUGUUGGAAUUGGCAAGAUCAUGAGGCCGAAGCGAACAGCCAGGCGAACGGCCAUCACCAACAGCACGUUUGGGCCCAUCAGAUCGAGUCUCUCGACAGCACGACUUCAUUGUCUCAACAGGCCUCAGACAAUCAAUCACAGUCGCAACCCGACUCUCAAUCUCAAGAUCGCCACGUCCAAAGCCCUUCAAACGACCUCGAAUCGGACAGCUCCAUGCUCAUAGCAACAGCUACCACCAAGAAACGGCCUCAACUUCGCCUUCGCAACAUUUACCUCGACACCGAGCUCCUCCUCUGUAACCAGAAGGUACCCACCAAGCAGCAAGCAUGCCUCGACACGAUCACACUCAUGCGCUUGUAUCCCUCCACCACCGUCUUCUUCCUCAACUGCUGGACGUGGGGCUACGAAGACAUGCUCAUUCUCACAGCCAAAGCCUUUGGCUGCAAGAUCCACGUCGACCGCUUCAAGUACAUCAUGUACAAGGCUGCACGAUGCGAAGCUCCCUUUCUCGCCGACGUUGUCACUCAGGAUAGCAGCAAGACUCGGUUUCAUGCGUGUGAAAGACACAAUGCAUGCUCCCACGUUCAAGGAAUCGCUUCCCGCUACUCGUCCACCGCCGAUCCAUCGUGGGCUAAAGAGGCAUUGGCAGCACACUCGCAAAUCGACACCGGUAGUCUAGACCCAAGACUGCGGUGGGGACCGCUUCGGCCUCAAGCAGAUCCACUGCUGGUAUACAUCAACCCGGCUCAGAUCGCCGCCGACAAGUGGCCUUCUAUGUUCCAGGACACCAAAGACCGACUGCAAGCCGCACAGAAACUCGAAACUGCUUGGCCUGAAGCGCUAGUCAUGCCGAUCGAGCGUCAUUCGACCUUACCCGAGCUCCAAAUGUUUGUAGGGCUCUUUCGGCCAAGAACUGUGUCACCGAACACCAUCUUGGAUCCCAAGGGAGGUCUUGACUACUACCUGCUUCAUCACCUGUUUGGCCACUUGCUAGCUGGCGCAGACGACCGCCGUAAGAUGGCCGAAGAAGGGGUCUCAAUGCUUGGAAACAAGACGUGGAGCUUCUACGAGGCGCAAUUAGCGAGGGCGCGGGAACAGGCGCAAGCAAAUCGUGCUGUCAGCGGUCACGAUUCGACAGAAGCUGUCCGGGCCACAAGCGGUAGUAUCAACGGCAGUGGACAUGGAGAGAGCAUGCGAGAGAGUCUGGACGCAUGGCAGCUGGAUCGACUGUCCAAGUUGAGAGGAAUCAACUACAAAGGUCUGAUGAUGCAGAAUAUGGCAGGCAACUUGGCGGCCAUGUUGGAGAUUGAACGAUGGAGAACAGCGGCGGGAAUUCAAGAGCCAUCAGAAGGUCUGAAUACUGUCAUCGAGCAGUCGUUGGCGAGUACACAGGGCAGGUCGGAAGCUAGUGUAUCUAGUGUUGACUACGAUGCUGAUCACAGUCAAUUUGCUGAAACGCAGAAUGCACCUCCUCCGCGCUUCAACGGCCGCGGCAUGCACGAAGAUGAAACUACAGAUGCAUCCUCUGGGCGUAACCAAACGCAGCAUGCAUCCGACCCGGUAUCGCAGCGCUCUGUGUGCGCCUCAUCGCUGAUUACGCACGACAAGAAAUCAGAGCAAGCUCUUGGUGCAUCAGCACCAGCGGAGCCUUCACAGCAUUCACAGCCAUCCGCUGCCGAGGUGGAGGAGGAGGAUAUGUUCACCGAGCUAUCAGAAGACCUAGCCUGUCGUUACCUCAACGUCCUCAUCCACCACUUCCACGUGCGUUUCCACCGGACAAACAAUUCGUACGUGCAAAUGUGGAAGACAGUCCGGUGUACGCUGGCGGAAGAAGCGCAAAAAGUGGAAGAACACUGGUUCAGAGAGACGGGUAUCCUGCCGCCUUUGUGGAGCUCACAAGCAGUUGAGGCAGAGCGAGCUGUCCCUGCACAGGCAGCGGUUCGCACAUCUUGUGAUCGAGUCGAAGCGCACAAGAGCAGUGUACUGGGCCAAGUGCUCACGUCGUUCAUCGACAUGCUUGCACCAGCACCAGCACGAGAACAUGUCGAGCUUGUAUCGAUCACAACGUCGUCUGAUCACACGGUCGCGCUGCAGCUCAUUCUUCGACACUUUGUCAAGAUAGGUUUCAACGACCCUAUCGAAUCGUCGGCCGACAUGUAUUCAAAAGCUCAAAGCCAUGCCAGUUGCCUCGCAAAUGCCUCAACAGCUGAAUGGGAGCCGCUUUCCGACCACCUAACAGCUCUCACCAAAUAUCUCACAUCGACGCUCCGAAGCUUUGCUUCAUCAUGGAGCAACUCAGUGGAUCAGGAAAACCGAGUGCUAAGCCUGCAACUCACCGGUCUCCUGUUCUCAACACGCGCGCUACACGCCGUCAUCGACGGGGACGCUAUUCAGAUGCUCCUAGACAGUGUCAUCUCGAUCGUCGAAGCAGCACCACGCGACUUUUCCACGCUGUCGUCCGCGGGCAGGAUGAUGACAGCGAAUGCGUGUGCGGUGUUACGAGCGGAAGAGCUCGAAGAACACAUACUGGCACCUUUUGAGCACAGAUUGCUUGCGCUCGCACACGAUUCAGACGGCGUGUUGAGGAGGAGCGAGACUUUGAUGGACGAGGCCAUGUCGCGGGUUAGCCAGUUGGCUCCUGUGCAUAUCGUCGGAUGCGACAGAGAUGCUGUGUCGGAAACCGAUCGAUGCGAAGCACACGAUGGCCGUGUUGGCGUGGAUCGCACCAGUCAAGACGAGCAGACAUCGAGCUUGCCGCUUGCACAAAUACGCGUACCACGUAUCGGACGAAUCUCGCCCUCGUACACCAUACAGCAUCGCUCUCCAACUCGCAUCUCUACGCCGCACAUCCAGACUGCAGACUCAGUCAUCAGCACAUCUCAACGCGACUCAAUCGAGUCCUCAACCGCCUCGCUCUCUCGCCCGCAAGAGCCACCGCAAGUAUCACAAGCACUACAGGUAUCACAAGCAUCGUCAGUUACGCAAGAAGAAGACGAGACGCAGUCCGAACACGAGGCGUUGCAACACGAAGCGUUGAGUGCUGGCGUCAGCACGAGCGCGUGUCGUGCGCGUCGUGCGCGUGUGCAGGCGGCAGCAAGAGCGGUGGUGGAUCGUACGGUUUCGCUAAAUGCCAGGUUGGCUGGUCAGCGCGUCGAGAUCGCCGAGCGUCGCAAGCGCGGUUUGGACGUCCUAGUGGCGAGCAGCACAAGGCGCAGGCAGUGA